UAUAAACCCUGCGCAGCGUUAUCACAGGGAGAAUUAAUUCAGAGAUUGUUAGUAUUCGGCAACGGAGUGCUAGCCAUGGCGAUCGGAGCGCCGCGCGACACAAGUAACAUCCUGGAGGACGUGUGGGCGACCAUCAUGACCGAGACGCCGUCGGGGUGCACGCCGAUGCCCGCGUCGUCGACAUCUUUCGUGGAUCAGGCCGGAGCCGAGAUCCUGCAGCGGCUGCCGAGCCUGGGGAGGUGGAUCUCCAUGGGCGCCGACGAGUGGGACGAGCUGCUCAGCGUGGCGGACGCGGCCACACCGCCAGUUGCUGAGCAGCCGCCGCUCGCGGCGGCGUCGCCUCGAGGAGGAGAAGGGCAGCAGAGCGCUGCCGCUGGAAGCAAGGCCGCGUUGCCCAAGAGCUACAGAGGCGUGCGGCGGCGGCCGUGGGGAAAAUUCGCGGCGGAGAUCCGGGACACGCGGCGGCGGGGCGCGCGGGUGUGGCUGGGCACGUUCGCCACGGCGGACGAGGCCGCGCUCGCCUACGACGUGGCGGCGCUGCGCAUGCGCGGCCCGCGCGCGCACCUCAACUUCCCGAUCGAGAAGGUGCAGCGCCGGCUCGACCUGGAGCGCGACAACGGUCAGUUCCUGGACGCCGCCGACCAUCCCACGGGCCGCGCGCGCCGAAAGAGGAGGAGGAGAAGCAGUGCCACCGCCACCGAUCAUGCAAGAACCGUCGACGCCGAUGUCACUGCGGCGUAUGGAGGCUCCGAUCAGAUGGUGUCUUUCACCAACUCAGGGAGAGGUCACGGGACACCAGCGGUGCAAGAUCGGCGUGUGAUGAGCGCUGACGUUGGAGGAGCUGUGGAUCGAGUGAUCGAGUUGGAGGAGAUUGGUGGCGAGUAUUGGGACUACUUGUUCCCGCCUGUGCUAUGAUGGUGGUGAUGAUCAACUAGUUAGAUAGUUAGGUGUGGUUAUAUUGGAGUAUGUUAAUUUGUGUAUGGAUGAUAGGAGAAAGCAAAGCUAGCUGCAACGAUCUCCUGCUGAUCUAAUUUCAGUUCUAGUAAUUUGUAUGCACAAAGAUAUGAUUGAUUGUGAAGUAAGCACAUGUAUGUGCAAUUGAUUAGGUGUUA